CACAAAACACAAACCACAAACAAAUCAAAGAAAAGAUACAAGAAACAAGACAGGAAAAAUGAGCAUGGUCAGCGCUCUCACCACAUCGUCGCUGCUGCUUCUGGUCCUGCUCGUGAUGAUCACAACACUUGUCGGAACUUCAUCUGCGUGGAGCUUAUGGCCGUACAAGCAUGUUCAUGUGCGCAAUGAGUUGACAACAGCGUACAAUGGUGUCUUGCACGUUCACUGUUGGUCCAAGAACGAUGACAGAGGAGUUCAAGAUGUGGGUGUUGGGACGGAGUUUACGUGGAGGUUCAAGCCCAACAUAUUUGGGACGACAAAGUGGACGUGCGAGGUGUCGACGGAUGAUCAUCGUCGGGCUAGCUUUGAUUCGUACUGGGAGGAUCUAGGCCAAGGAAGGAGGGAGUACAAGGAGAACAUUUUUUGGGUUGCGGAAGAGGAUGGUGUUUACCUUAGAAUUAUUCAAGAGAAUAGAGAUCAGUAUUGGGCCAAGUGGCAAUCACAAUAGGUUUUAGAACUUCUUCUUUUUUAUAUAGUUAAUUUGUGUUUGAAUAAGGUUGGAGUAAUAUAGCUCACAUCAAUUGCUCUUACAGAUGUGUUUUCAUAUUAGCUUAGAAUGAAAUCUACACUAAAUUGCACAAGAAGAGCAAAUUGUUAUGUUUAGUUCCGGUGAGAAUUAAGAUAUAUUCGUGGAACCCUAAAAUUUGUUUGAGCCCGGGUGACUGGGCGUCACUCGGGUCCAAGGGGUUUGGGACGUCAGCCAUGACUUCGAGAGGGUAGGCGCCCCGCCUCGUCAGAAGCAAGAAAAGAGAAGAAGUAUAUAGAGAGAGAAAGUAGAGAGAAGUAAUAGUAAGAGUAGAUAGAUUGUCAUUUAUGAGGAGAGAACUCCUAUUUAUACACAUUUGAGGAUUAGGUAGUGGUCUGGGCGCCUGCCAAGCCAUAAAUGCUGUGGUCGGGCGCCUCAGACCUUCUGACACUGUACAUGGUCCUUUUUGACAGAGGGUGUCCCCCUGCCCCUUGUCCUUGCUGAUGUCAGGUGCCUGACCUUGUCUCUUGUCUCCCAGCCUUGUCUUUUUGCUCUUGUCUUCUUUCCUUCUUUAUGCCAUUAGCUAGGGUAUUAUUUUCUUAGUUACUAGGAUACCAUAUCAAUUGCCCCUUUUGGCGAUGGCGUGAGUAUCGCGGUAUCGUCAAACAAAUAUGUUCUAUGAUGGUAAAAAUACAAAGACUGUAAAAGAAUAGAUAAAAAAUAAAAUAAAUAAAUAAAAAAUAAAAAUUAGUAAAAAGGAAAAGAAAGAAUUAGAAAUAAAUAAGCAAAAUAUAUAAAAUAACAAAAAAAAAAACAAAAAGCCAUUGGCAAGGAGUGGGGUGGCAGCGAAGACGCCACCCCAUAUAGGCUGCUAGCAGCAGCUUUUGACCAAGCCCACUCAAAUUUGGAAGGAGUGGUUUUAAUUGAGGGUGAUGGAAGGUUGGGCCCUAGGGCAGCCCGCUUCGAGAACCGUGCGCCCUCCUUCUCAUUCCUAUUUAAGUCCCCCCUUAUUCAUUCCAUCCAUUUUUUCUCAAUUUUUUUUUUGUUUCAGCCGUCCGCCAUCUCUCCUCGGCGCCUCACUAAUCGGCCGCUCGCCUUCUCACCUCGGCGCUUUACUUCGCGCAGGCGGCGCUCCCCUUUUUCCUUAGCGCCUCUCAACCAUUCUCUUCCGGUUGUAUUGGGAAGGAGCUCUUUCUCCACGACGCCUUGACUCUCCAAACAGGCGGCGCUUCCCCAGCUGAUUGCUUCGCUUCGCUUUCUCCGAGCCAGCGGCGCCACCCCCUGCAUAUUAGGUACGUUUUUUUUUUCUUGGAUUAAGGAGGCGGCGCCUCCGAUAAUUGUUAGCUAGGGUUUGUCUCAACUUUCCCGACUAUUCCAGUCAUCUAUGGGCGCCUUCCCGUUGGUUCUCGUCGGUAGGCGCCACGUUGCCCACACCUUGAGGUUUGUUUCAAAUUAGAAGGAUCGGAGGCGCCACCCCCCCCCCCUCUUCUAUGCACAGGCGCCUUGGUUUCUUAACGGACUUCGGGAGGAUAUAAUCCGGCCGCCCCUUCCAAUUGGGAGCGCCGCCUCCCUUACUUUUUGCUAGGCGCCUUUGUUCUUUGUCAUACCGAUUUUCGUUGACGGGCGCCUACCUUUUGUUGUAUUGGGCAUCUCUGUUGAGAUUCGAUUGUGAUACUGCGCUCUUAAUGUCUGUGGGUUUCUUUGAUUGCUGUCUGUUUGCUUCCGCCUUUUGAUUUGUUUUUCGAUUCUCUUAUUUCAAAAACGCCGCCCUGCUUACCCGCGCCUUGCUCUUUGUCUGUUUGCAGGCUUUGAUUUCAAGGCGUCGAAGGCGUCUAGCAACGCAUAGCCACGGGAGGCGACAACGGUUUUUUACCCGCGCGUUACCGGCUUAGGCGUUGUACACGCUUCUCCUCCAAGACUCAUUUUGCCGCCCACCACUCUCUUAUGGCUUCCAAUAAUUCGCAACCCUCUGC